CGAGCUCCGCCAACAUGUGUUUCUGUCCGUCAGGCCGCAUGAUCCACUCACAGCUCGCUCGGGUCCGCAUCCUGUCUUUACUGCUGUCCUCUGGACUUUUACCGCCGCUUUCUGGGUUAUCCACCUUUAUUGGAAGACUCUUCUGGGAUCUUUGCCCCCCCCUCAACCUCCACCCCCCCAUUUGGAUCCUUCUUUCUUUUUCUUUUCGGCGCUUCUCCUCCUGUCCAAGUGUGAGGGUUUCUGGCUAUGCUAUCCUCACCCACUGUCAUCCUACAGCCUUACGGACUCCCCGUCUACCCCCAGACUACCACAUGCUACCCCAGCCUAGUCCAGGGAGGCCCCGCCCAGGAGGCGGGCCCAGGGGGUGCCGACCCCGCCCUGCCUCAGGUCUACGCCCCGGCCCCUUCUUACCCAACCCCAGGCCAAGGAGCGGCGACCUCAGGGGGGCGACUGCCGCCUCUGGAUUUUAGCUCCACACACCCCUCCUCGGAGUACCCCGAGCACCCCCAGCUGAGGGUCUACCAGGGCCCCCAGCUGGAGGGGGCGGAGCCUCUGGCGCCCAGCAACACGGAGGAAGCCUUAGCCCCUGUGACCUCCGACCCCCAGGCUCUGAGCGCCUCGGCGACGUCCGGCGGCGGCGCGGGGAGCGCGAGUGACGAUGAGGGGUCGGCCAAGGUCCAGCCCAAGCGUCUCCACGUGUCAAACAUCCCCUUCCGCUUCCGAGACCCGGACCUCAGGCAGAUGUUUGGGCAAUUUGGGAAGAUCCUGGACGUAGAAAUUAUCUUCAAUGAGAGGGGGUCAAAGGGAUUCGGCUUUGUCACCUUUGAGAGCGCGGCCGAAGCCGACCGAGCCAGAGAAAAACUCAACGGAACAAUCGUGGAAGGCAGGAAGAUUGAGGUGAAUAACGCCACGGCGAGGGUGGUCACCAAGAAGCCGCAAACCCCACUAGUGAACGGCGACCUUUCAGGUAAGGACACACCUGAUCCGUCGCCUUUGGGUGGUUUUGUGUUCCUGAAGGAGUCCUUCUCUGCAGCUUCUGGCUGGAAGAUCAACCCCGUCAUGGGGGCCAUGUACGCACCAGAACUCUACACGGUGGCCAGUUUCCCCUACCCUGUGGCGGCGCCCGCUCUGGCCUACCGGGGCUCGGCGCUGAGGGGCAGAGGUCGAGCCGUCUACAACACCAUCCGAUCCGCUGCGGCCACGCCUGCGGCCGUGCCCGCCUACCCCGGCGUGGUGUACCAGGAUGGCCUCUACGGGGCAGACGUCUACGGCGGCUAUCCUGCUGCUUACCGGGUGGCCCAGUCUGCUUCUGCUGCAACCUACAGUGAUGGAUACGGCCGUGUGUACGCCACAGCAGCGGACCCGUACCACCACUCCGUGGGACCGACCACCACGUACGGCGUGGGCACCGUGGUGAGGCCUCCCGCCUGUCUGUGGCCGACUUGUGUUUGUGUCCCAGAAGCGCUACGGUGCACCGGGGUGCAGUAGUGCUGCACACUACCCUACACACACAGUACACACAGUACACAAAGUAUACACUACUGUGUAGCCACUCCCACUUGAACAGCAACAUCAUGCUAACGUCAUGCAACAAUGAUGACACCUUAGGGUCGCUGAGCCUGGAUAAAGAUGACUCUGGCUAAGACGGUCUUUGCCUUUGCCUCCCCAGGCCGGUUUGUACCGAGGAGGGUACAACCGCUUCACUCCGUACUGAUGAUGGUGAUGGUGGUGAUGAAGAAGUGGAAACACGCCUUGGCCGUCCUCACGUACGCGGCAGGACGCAACACGCCGUCACCUUUCUUCUUCCACCACGUUCCUUGUGUGGAUGAUGUGCUCUAUAGUGUGUGUGUGUGGGGGGGGGGGGUACUUUUUGUAGAGCUCAUUUUUGACUGGAUGUUUGCGUUUGCCUCACCAACUACCUCUUUUCUUUUCCUUUUCCUCCUGCUUCUCUUCUCGCUGCCGUGUGUGAUGUCUACCUCUGAAUAAAACCUCUCCUGCCCCCCCCCCCCUCCAUCCUAUCCAUUUCUCAUGCUUUACGCUGUGUGCCUCUGCUUUAGUUGCCACGCUUUUACUUUGAAAAGGUGGCCUCUUCGUCUUCUUGUACUGCACAGUAGGGGUGGGCGAUACCGCAAACGAGGGAAACAUGUAUGGAUGAUCCACAUCAGGGGUUCGUGUAUUUGUUGGUUGGUCCCGGACCGGGUGCCCAUGACGACCGUAUCGUACCACCACUCGCCAAUGAGACUAUUAUUGUCUCUCAUUCACAUCAUUUGGCUUUUUAUACCUUCAUAACCAAUAUAGCUUGAUAUCGAUAUAUGGAUCAGUCCGCCCACCGUUACUUUUAAGUAUAGUUGACAUUUUUAGACACUCUUAGUCUUUUUUUAUUUGCCUCUCUAGAAUUUCAAACUCUUUUUUGCCCUUUUCCAGCUUUUGCAUGUUGCUAAAUUUUGCUUCUCUUGCAUGUUCUCCUCUGCUUUCUCCUUGGCUUUUUGCUCUCGGUUUGACCCUUUUAGGCUACAACUUUCCUUGGUAGUUUUUCUUUAGCUUUUAACACUUAGCUUUUAACAUCUUUUGGAGACACAAGUCUCCAAAAGAUCAACUCCAUCAAAGAUCAAUAACACCAAAAGGCAAUCGACCAACCUCCAAUUUGGCCUCAAAACCCCCAAAGCAGCCAUCAUCUCAUGUGGUAAAGUAGUCCUUGCGGCCACGCACCCUGAUAUUUAUUAUUGAAAUAUUUAUUGGAAAAUUUUAACAUUAUUCAUUGAUUACUUCACGUCACAAAAUGCGUAUUCCGCAUGGUGACUUUUUGAUAACGUUUGACGUGAGCACCGAUAAAUAGAUAAGAAACCAUGCUACACUUUUUUUGUUCCGGUCCACUCACGAUGUGUUUGCUACUCCCUCCAGUCCAAAAUGCCCCUUUUUGCCACGAGAACUGUACAAAUAAAUAAAAAUAGUCUUACAAUAUUAAAUAACAAAAAAUAAUUCCCAUAGCCACCAUAAAAUGUAUUUACAACAUAAAAUAUUUAACACAGAGACCUGCUAGCACGCCAGCGGGGUAACGUUAUCGGCUAACAAUAGCACAUUCAUUUACAACGGCGUCGUAUAAUAUGGUCAACAACUUAAAGAGUGCAAAAGGUUAUUGUCUUUACAUUACCCCAUUGGUCAUAUGCACUCGGGAGGAGUACAAUGGCGUCUCUUGAGAGUUAAAACAUCAAAUUGUGAAGGUGACGUAUUGCACUGGCUAGGUGUGCACCAAUCAUUCACGUCUUAUUGAAACACACAAUAGCGAAUGGUUCCACUGUAGACUCCAUCGACAUAUUCAUGUGAACAGGUACUGAAAAUCUUAACAUGUAUCAAUGAAUACACGCUAACUUAAUUAUGUUACAUGUAGGAUCUGACUCUGUGUUAACUCGCUCACUUAUAGCUAGCUAAAGUAAAUAAGAAAACCAGAUAAAUACAAUUCAUUGUGUAAGUGAUACAACUACAUUUGUAUGAAUGAUAUAAACCAACAGAUCCUUGCUUCAAACCGACUCUCCUGUCCACGUCUUCAUCACCGACUCGACAAAACUAACAUUCACCACUCGGUGACGAAUGACUCGUGCAUCCGAUUCACUUUAGUGAAGGCAUCAUAAGUGCUCCAGUCAGCAAAAGCUACCUGAGUUCGAGUACACGAUUCACUUGAGCCAUCCAGUUUCUGCUUUCUUUUCUCUUUCACAAUACUUGCAUGUUGAUUUCCCUUUUAUCAUUUCAGAAAUGUUGUCAAACAAUCCAGUCAACAGAGCAUUUAACAAUUUAUGUCAAGAGUGACAAUGCACGCUCUCGGGGGGAAAGGUUUCAGGUCAAAACGCCAAGUCGGCCAGCUGAAACGUUAUACCCAAAGGACGAGUCACGAGCUGUCACGUGACCAGAAGUGUCCUUUGACGACAGGCCAACAUAAUAUGUGAAUAUAUAUAUAUAUUCCAUGACUUAGCCGACAAUCUGCUGAUAUUUUUAUCAUCCAAAAUGACUCUUCCUUGAGCACAGUAAACUAGAAGACCGCAUACGCUAUUUUUCUGUAGUUUGGUGUAGUGUUUACAGCAUAGACACACAUCGAACAAAACAAUGUGACUGUGAUUGUUUCGGUGCCAAAGUAUAUUAGUACGAAUGUGAAUGUAUAAACGAGAGGAAUUAACUCGGCUGUCUUUGUAGCAGGUGCCUUAUGACUUAUUCACAGCACAGCCUUGACCCAUCCAAUAUGGCGGUGACGUUGACGUAUCGCAGCAGUGGACGGCCCCACUCGAUGCGGCGUCUGUCUGUGCCGAACAGCGCUACCCAAAGGUGUGCCUUGAGUAUUACACCUUUUCGUACCCAGCCAUUAUUUACGCCGGGUUAGCCAAUCGUGUGUGAACCGCCGUGUCAGAUAUUUCCUUCUUGACAUCUACAUUUGAUAAUAAAGUGUUAUGUUAAA